CGCUGGACUCCCACCACUCCUUCUCUCGCGUCCAAAGAGGCGAACCCCGUCGUGAUCAUGGUCGUUGUGGACAAGCACUCCCUGGCGAAUAUUGCCGCCAUCAAGACCUCCCAUCUGGACUUCCACUUGACCGCCGACUUUGACCGCCACGUCCUCCAUGGCUACGUUGAAAUCUCGGUCACCGUCGUCGAAGCCACGACCGAGUUGAUCCUGGACACGCGUGCGUUGUACAUUCAAAAAGCCACGAUCAAUGGCGAGCACGUUCUGACGACGCUAGUGGAAGACGCCGUGUUUGGCACGGCGUUGCACGUGCCCCUCCCGGUGGGUGUGCGCGCCGUCAACUCGACGUUCAAAGCGCGCAUCUACUACGAGACGACGCCCGACACGACUGCGAUCCAAUGGUUGCCCAAGGAACAAACCGCCGACAAAACGCACCCGUACUUGUUCACGCAGUCGCAAGCGAUUCACGCCCGCGCGCUGUUUCCCUGCCAGGACGUGCCGAGCAUCACAGCUGUGUACAGCGCUGCCAUCACUGUGCCUUCGUGGGCAACGUGCUUGAUGAGUGCCGUGGCAUCAUCGGACCCAGUCCCCCACGCAUCCAAGCCGCUCACGACGUUUUUCUACGAGCAGAAUGUGGCCGUGCCGUCGUACUUGAUUGCGUUGGUCGUUGGGCGUUUGGAAAGCCGCGACAUUGGACCGCGAAGCCGCGUGUGGAGCGAACCAAGCCAGGUCGACGCUGUCGCGUACGAGUUUGCUCAGACCGAGGAUUUCCUCAAGAACGCCGAAGAGAUCAUGGGCCAGGAGUACGUGUGGGGACGGUACGACUUGGUGUCGCUCCCGCCGUCGUUCCCGUUUGGCGGGAUGGAGAACCCGUGCUUGACAUUUGCGACGCCGACACUGAUCGCUGGCGACCGAUCGCUCGCGGACGUGAUCGCGCACGAAAUUGCCCACAGCUGGACUGGCAACUUGAUCACGAACGAGACGUGGGAACACUUUUGGCUGAACGAAGGGUGGACGAUGUGGCUCCAGCGCAAGAUCAUGGCGAAAAUCUACACGGAUUUGCACUUUGACUUUGACGCGAUCCUCGGGUGGACGGCGCUUCAGUCGUCCGUGGACGCAUACGGCGCGGCGCACGAGUUCACCAAGCUCGUCCCGACAUUGGACGGAUGCGACCCGGAUGACGCGUUCUCGAGCGUGCCGUACGAGAAGGGCUUCAACUUUCUGUACUACCUGUCCAAGUUGGUCGGCGACAACCAGUUUGACAUGUUCGCCAAGGCGUAUGUGCAACGAUUCAAGUACAAGACCGUCACAAGUGAUUCGUUCAAGGCAUUCUUCAUCGAGCAUUUCACCCCGACCAAUGCCGCGGAACUCGCCACGAUCGACUGGCACACGUGGUUUUACGCGCCAGGCAUGCCCAAGCGGCCGGCCUUCGACACGACGAUCAGUGCUGCGGCCGAACGCCUCGCCGACCGCUGGCAUGCGGUUGGAGCGACCGCCUCGGCGUUCGACGCCAAGGACGUCGAGAACUGGACGUCGUCGCAGUACGUUGUGUUCCUUGAACGGCUGCUUGACUUGAGCGUCGAACACAAGCGAUUCCUUGACGCCGCCACGUUGGAAGCCCUCGGCAACUUGUACAACUUGACCUCGACCAAGAACUCGGAAGUUCGCAUGCGGUAUCAAACCCUCGGCGUACGGUCGGAAGCGGCGUUCAUUUUGUCGCACGUGGAAGCGUUCUUGAAGGAACAAGGCCGCAUGAAGUUUGUCCGACCAUUGUACCGCGACUUGUACAAGUCCAAGUUUGGCGCGGCCGCCGCUCGACGCAUCUUUGCCGAAGCCAAGGAGUACUACCACCCGAUUGCACGCAAAAUGAUUGCCAAGGAUUUGGAAUUAUAGUCGAACCGUGCGAAGGAUAAGCGUGAAUUGACAGAGAAUACUCUA